CCUCACCCGCUCCCACUGUCAUGAUCAUUCCUGUGCGGUGUUUCUCUUGCGGAAAAGUUGUUGGGGACAAAUGGAACCAGUAUUUGAAGUUACUUUCUGAGGACAAGAGCGAGGGUGACGCUCUGAACGAACUUCAACUGAAACGGUACUGUUGUCGUCGUAUGGUCCUCACGCAUGUUGAUCUUAUCGAAAAGCUUCUCCAUUACAACCCCAUGGAGCGAACAAAAGAGAAGAAGGAUUACCUUUGA